UCAUCGCGUGAGCUUGUCGUUCCGUCUCGGAGCGAACAGAUGGAAUUCUACACUCCCUUCUCGACAGAUUCCUCACAUUUUAAAUUGUAUCGCUCACGUUUUUAGUUCGGUGCCAACAAACACCCCCGGCGGGAACUCUGACGCCUAACUGGGAGGCUCGGCUGCGCUACGACUCGGGACAGAAGCGUCCGAGACGUUUAAAGACGCCAAACAUCUCCUCGCUAUUUCAAGGCGUUUGUGUGUUCGUCCGUCAUGCCGCUGUUCGGUAAAUCCCACAAGAGUCCCGCAGACAUCGUCAAGAUCCUGAAGGAGAACCUGGCCAUCCUGGUCAAACACGAUAAGAAGACGGAUAAGGCCUCUGAGGAGGUGUCCAAGUGCUUGGUGUCCAUGAAGGAGAUCCUGUAUGGGAGCCACGAUAAGGAGCCCCAGACUGAGACGGUGGCCCAGUUAGCCCAGGAGCUGUACAAUAGCGGCCUGCUCAUUUCUCUUGUAGAAAACCUGCAAGUCAUAGACUUCGAGGGCAAGAAAGACGUGUGUCAGAUCUUCAACAACAUCCUGAGGAGGCAGCUCGGGACGAGGAGCCCCACCGUCGAAUACUUCUGCUCCCACCAAGAGGUUCUCUUCAUUCUGCUCAAAGGGUACGAGACACCCCAGGUGGCGCUGAACUGCGGGAUCAUGCUGAGGGAAUGCAUCCGCCACGAGCAGCUCGCCAGGAUCGUUCUGCACUCCGAAGACUUCCACAACUUCUUCAGCUAUGUUGAGAUGUCUACUUUCGACAUCGCCUCUGACGCCUUCGCUACUUUUAAGGAUCUCCUAACGAGACACAAAGUGCUUGUGGCUGAGUACCUCGACCAAAACUACGACUCUGUGUUUGCCGACUACGAGAAGCUGCUGCACUCCGAGAACUACGUCACGAAGCGACAGUCUCUCAAGCUCUUGGGCGAGUUGCUGUUGGACCGACACAACUUCACGGUGAUGACGCGUUACAUCAGCAAGCCCGAAAACCUCAAGCUGAUGAUGAAUCUGCUGCGAGACAAAAGCUCCAACAUCCAGUUCGAGGCCUUCCACGUCUUCAAGGUGUUCGUAGCGAACCCCAACAAGACGCAGCCCAUCACCGACAUCCUGCUCAAGAACCAGACCAAACUAAUCGACUUCCUGAGCAACUUCCAGAAGGAUCGCACGGACGACGAGCAGUUCAACGAUGAGAAGACCUACCUCAUCAAACAGAUCAGGGAAAUGAAAAAACCCACAUCCUAAAAAAAUAAAACUAAAAUUUUUCUUUUCUCUACAUCUUUUUAUUGUUAGGAAAAAA